AUGGUCGUACAGGUCUUCGCUCUUCUAUGGCUUCGAACCACAAUGAACUACCAGUAUCGAUAUGGCGGGAGCAUGAAACAGGCGCUGCUGCAUCUCUACAGGGAAGGAGGGAUCCCAAGACUGUUCCUGAAGCUUAAAAUUAUUUGGACGAAAUCAGACGAUGCACCUUUCAAUGUUUUCAGGAAUGCAGUCAUCGGUGAACGAGAAAAACCUGGAUUGCUGGCGUCGAUUGUAGCAGAUACGUUUUCAAAUCCUGCAAGGGUAAUCAAAACAUACAAACAGGUGCUGGCGCAAGGAGGCUUCCAAGGAUUUUUCACUCGGGGGCUGGGAACGAAGGCAAGCUUGUUUGGGAAACACAUAUUUCUGACAUCUCUUCAAAAGUCAAUGUUUUUCAACAUCACCUGGGAGCUCUUCCAAGAGAAAUACAAACUUCUAAGAUCUGCCUAG